AUUACCAAAUGAGGAGAAAAGGAAGAUGUCAUCGCGUAUCGGCACCAAGGCAUUCUUCUUCCCCAUGCAAUAUUAAGCACUCCCCCACACGAGAAACCUUGACGUACGCUCAAGCUCAAAGAAUGGUUGAAAUAGAAAUUGAAGGUCGCCUGCAUAGGAUCAGUAUCUUUGAUCCUUUAGAGAUUAUACUAGAAGAUGAUCUUACAGCCCAGGAAAUGAGUGAAUGCAACAGCAAUAAAGAAAAUAGUGAAAGACCACCAGUUUGUCUGAGAAGCAAACGGCAUAAAAAUAACAAAGUGAAAAAGAAAAAUGAGGCUCUUCCGACUCCUCUUCCAGAACCAAAAGUACGGAUUGUUGAAUAUAGUCCCCCUUCGGCUCCUCGGAGACCUCCAGGUUAUUACAAAUUCAUUGAGAAGUCAGCAGAAGAACUUGAUAAUGAAGUUGAGUAUGACAUGGAUGAAGAAGAUUAUGCGUGGUUAGAAAUAAUAAAUGAGAAGCGGAAAAGCGAUGGAGUGUCAGUUGUAUCACAAAACAUGUUUGAAUUCCUGAUGGAUAGGUUUGAAAAAGAGUCUUACUGUGAGAACCAAAAACAGGGUGAUCAUCAGUCGUUAAUUGAUGAAGAUGCAGUGUGUUGUAUAUGCAUGGAUGGUGAAUGUCAGAACAGCAAUGUAAUCCUGUUUUGUGAUAUGUGUAAUUUAGCAGUACAUCAGGAAUGCUAUGGGGUGCCAUAUAUACCUGAGGGCCAGUGGCUCUGCAGACACUGUCUGCAGUCCCGUUCUCGGCCUGUAGACUGUGUGCUGUGCCCAAACAAGGGAGGUGCCUUUAAAAAGACAGAUGAUGAUCGUUGGGGACACGUUGUGUGUGCUUUGUGGAUUCCAGAAGUUGGAUUUGCCAAUACAGUUUUUAUCGAGCCAAUUGAUGGCGUCAGGAACAUUCCCCCAGCCAGAUGGAAGUUAACAUGCUACCUCUGUAAGCAGAAAGGUGUUGGUGCCUGCAUCCAGUGCCACAAAGCAAACUGCUAUACUGCAUUCCAUGUGACGUGUGCUCAAAAGGCCGGUCUGUAUAUGAAAAUGGAACCUGUGAAAGAACUAACUGGCAGUGGGACAACAUUCUCUGUAAAAAAGACUGCCUAUUGCGAUGUACAUACUCCACCAGGUUGCACACGGAGACCUCUAAAUAUUUAUGGAGAAGCUGAAAUUAAAAACGGUGUUUGUAGAAAGGAGGGAUCAGUCAGAACUGCUAGGUCUACAUCAAAAGUCAGAAAAAAGACAAAAAAGGCCAAGAAAACAGUGGUUGAACCCUGUACAGUUAUGCCAACAGUAUCUGCUCCUUAUAUACCCCCCCAGAGAUUAAAUAAGAUUAUGAAUCAGGUGGCCAUUCAGCGGAAGAAGCAGUUUGUUGAACGAGUGCACAGUUACUGGUUGCUUAAAAGACUGUCUAGGAAUGGUGUUCCUCUGUUGAGAAGGCUGCAGUCCAGUUUACAGUCACAAAGAAACACACAACAGGUUGGAAGAGAAGAUGAUGAAGAAAUGCAAGCCUUAAAAGAAAAACUGAAGUACUGGCAAAGGCUGCGCCAUGAUCUUGAAAGAGCGCGUCUGUUGAUUGAACUUAUACGUAAGCGUGAAAAGUUAAAAAGAGAACAGGUCAAGAUUGAGCAGGUUGCUAUGGAACUUCAGCUUACUCCAUUCACUGUACUUCUGCGAUCAGUUCUAGAUCAGCUACAGGAAAAGGAUUCUGCUCGUAUAUUUGCUCAGCCAGUGAACCUUAAAGAGGUUCCAGACUAUUUGGAUCAUAUUAAACAUCCUAUGGAUUUCUCUACCAUGCGAAAACGGUUAGAUGCUCAAGGCUAUAAAAACCUCAGUGAGUUUGAAGAAGACUUCAAUCUUAUCAUAGAUAACUGUAUGAAAUACAAUGCAAAAGAUACAAUAUUCUAUAGAGCUGCAGUGCGGUUAAGAGAUCAAGGAGGUGUAGUUCUCAGGCAAGCUAGGCGAGAUGCUGAAGGGAUCGGUUAUAAUAAUGAAACUGGAAUGCACUUACCUGAACGGCCUAAACUUGAGUCACCUCAGCCUUUCUCUUGGGAAGAUGUGGAUAGGUUACUGAAUCCUGCAAACAGAGUGCAUAUGUCCUUGGAAGAACAGCUGAGAGAGUUGCUAGAAAAACUUGAUCUCACCUGUGCAAUGAAAUCCAGUGGGUCAAGGAGCAAAAGAGCAAAGCUGUUAAAGAAAGAAAUCAGCAUUAUUCGCAACAAACUAAGUCAGCAACACAACCAAGUUCCUCAAAUAGAAUCAGGUAUUGGAAGUUUCGAAGAAGAAAGUGCAGCAUUAGAACAAGACGGCGAAGAAGAAGGAGAUAAAUCUCCCCCUAAACUUGAACCAUCAGAUGCAUUACCUCUUCCUUCAAACUUGGAGACUAAUUCAGAACCACCAACCCUCAAACCAGUAGAACUCAAUCCAGAGCAGAGUAAGCUUUACAAAAGAGUAAAAUUUGAUAAUGAAUUAUAUAGCACUUCCAUUCAGAAAGAAAUAAAUGGACACACUCCAGAACACUUACUUGACAGUAAUCUCAAUGAGUCGACUGUUUCUGCUGUAGCUGAGUCAUCAACUGAUGUAAACAGACGUACAUCCAUUCUCUUCUGCAAAUCGAAAAGUAUAAGCCCCCAAAAGUCUGCAAAGAACACUGAAACCCAGCCAACUUCUCCACAGCUAGGGACCAAAACCUUUUUGUCUGUAGUCCUUCCAAGGUUGGAGACACUUCUGCACCCAAGGAAAAGAUCAAGGAGUGCAUGUGGAGAUUCUGAGGUUGAUGAUGAGUCCCCUGUAAAGCGCUUGGAUACAGGUCUGUCAAAUGGUUUUGGAGAUGGAAAUAAAGAGAGAGCGUUAGAUGAUACUCCGGGAAGAAAAGUUGAACCUCGCCGCCGCUGUGCAUCAGAAUCUAGUAUUUCAUCUAGUAACAGUCUUUUGUGUAACUCAAGUUUCAGCCUACCAAAGUGUGGUAAAGGUAAGCCUGCACUUAUACGAAGACACACACUGGAAGACCGAAGUGAAUUGAUAUCAUGUAUUGAAAAUGGAAACUAUGCCAAAGCAGCAAGAAUUGCAGCUG